CUAAACGAUGUAAAGCUUGGUGACGCUGUUUACGUUGAAAAGAUCGAGUGAGGUACCCUACGAAUCGGUUCGAAAACAAUGUGCAAAUAAGAUUUGGGUGUUUCGUUAAAAAGUGACAUUUGGUGACUUAUGCGCAUAGUGUAAGCACGAUGAGUUUUCUAUCAUCCUUAAGCCAAUAUGUGGCGGGAGUGGCAGACAGUGUGGCCGGAUUGGCCCUAUCUCCGCGCCGUGUUCCGCCAUCACGUCAUCGGUCAGCUGAGGAGUCACAACAACAACCGCAAUCCUCAGCUGCAACCAUGAGAGGUUUUCCUCGAGUUUUACCAACGGAAGGUGCAUCAGCUCUGAACGCUCGAAGGAGGACUUUGGAUUGCCUGGCUCCAGCCUCCUCUCCAAGGCGGGGUGGAUCGUUACGCGUGCCUCGACACCAACAACCACCAGAAAAACCAUCUAUGGCUUUCUGCAAGCGUCGCCUGUCUUGGCCUGAAGUCGAUAACUCUGUUAAUUCCGGGGUUCAAGACACCGAUGGUUCAUACUUCGAAAGCUUCACGGCUCUAUCUUGGCGACAAGAAAAUCGACGUCUAGCUGCCCUGCGUUUGGCUGAAGCUAGAGCUGAACGUCCGCCGCCUGCUCCUCAUGAUCUUGGCUUACCAAGCGUCUCGGCUCAGCUGUCACACAAAGAGCAUGAACAUCUUUACACUGAGGUCCUAUACUGCAUUGAGAACGCAGUAGGCGCACCAGCCCCAGGCGGACAAUUCGCAGCAUACAAGGAAGAGGUGAUUGAAUAUGCCCGACGGGCUUUCCGCGUUUCAUCAGAAGUACACGCCAGGGCACUUAGGGCUGCAGACAGUGAACGCCCACCUACCGUAGUGUUGGGCUGCGCUGUUUUAGAAGCUGAUGGUCUUGAAGCUAAAGACGCUAAUGGCUUCAGCGACCCUUAUUGCAUGCUGGGUAUCCAGCCAGCAUCGCUGCCAGCUUCUCCCCGGGCGUCGGAAGAUGAAGGUCGCAAACAUGGCUUCAGGCUGAGCUUCAAACGGCGAGACGGGCGCCAGCAACGAGACAGUCUCGGGAGAUUGCCAGCUCGAUACAUUCGCGCCACAAGUGUGCGACCUCAUACUCUCUCGCCUAAGUGGAAUGAAACAUUCAAAUUUGAUAUAGACGAUAUAUCAUCGGAUGUUCUACAUCUGGAUAUCUGGGAUCAUGAUGAUGAGAGCUCAGUCCUAGAUGCAGUAUCUCGGCUUAAUGAGGUGCGAGGUGUUCGUGGUCUAGGCCGUUUUUUCAAGCAGGUCUGCCAAAGCGCUAGGCAGGGAAGCCAGGAUGAUUUCCUAGGGUGUGUAAACAUUCCAUUACGAGAGAUCCCAUCUACUGGAGUAGAGGCGUGGUACAAGUUGGAUGCUCGAUCUCAACGCUCAUCUGUUCAAGGCCGUAUUCGGCUUAGGCUUUGGCUGUCUGCCAGAGAGGCUGGUAGACACGAUGACGAUAACUGGCAACAGGUCCGUCAACAUGAGCGCCUUUUUGGAGUUCUACUUGCCCACGAAGUUGAAACAGCGGCUAACAUUGCAUGUGAGGGUGCUGAAAGUGACAGCCACGUGUGGGAAGGUGAUCUUUGUGGGGCAGCUCAAACGUUGUUGCAUCAGCACGCCGUGCAGGGGGAUUUGAGUUCUCUCCAGGCAGCGAUUGCUCGCUUUGCAGCAGCUUGCAGACUUAACAGCGAGGCUCCUCUUGAUCCCAAGUAUAUGUUCAAACUGCUCAACGAACUGGAAAGAGCAUGGUGCGCCAGCGAGGCUUUAGUCGGAAGUGGUAGUGGUGAUGCCGGCGCGUGCGCAUCUAGAGAUGAAGAGCGUUGGUUAGCCGAUUGCUUUGGCGAGUUAGUUGAACGGGCCUUACACCAGCUAAGGCUUCACCGGGAUCUAUACCCGGUGCUUCAUCACCUAAGUUUGAACAAAUUGGAAUAUCUCCUGAGGUGUUUGAACCAGCUGUCGCAAAUGAAAGCUUUUUGGCGUUGCUGUCCAUUCAGCAAGGAAAUGAGAAGUGAAAUAGUAGGAGCCCUUCGCAAGGGAACAGCUGAGUGGUACGACGCGCUGUGUGCCCAAGAUACGGAGUCAGAACGCGGUGAAGACCUAGUCAACCUCCUCACGCUAGUUCAAAUUGACCUGCAACAAGGGCUUACAUACUAUCACCCGUUAUUUGAAACAACAAACAACGUACCCUACUUCAACGUGGUGUUCACACAAAUCGAUAAAAUGGUAUCCGAAGAUGUGAAGCAAUGUGUCGAGCACUGGAUCUCUGAAGGCUGGUGCGGCGUUGCUGAAGAGGAAGGCUAUGACGAACACGUAUGCAACAUAGUAGCAGCAAAGACAUUGCCAUUCGAAGUACUAGCAGCAGUGAGGGAGCUGAGUGCAGCCGCUGCGCCUGCGCCGCUGCCUCACCCGCACGACCCACCACCACAACUACUCGACGCCUACCAAUGGUUCGAGCCCCUGAUCGAUCGUUGGUUGGCGGUCACCAAAACUAUGGCGUUGCAAAGAGUGCGAGCAGCUGUAGAACUUGAUCGACCCGUUGACGGAGAACACAUUGUGAAACAUAGCACAUCCUCAGUGGAUACAGCGGCAUGUUUAUAUCACAUGAGGCUUGUCUGGCGUUCCAUCGGUGGGGCUGAAGAAGGUACUCUAGGAGGAAGCGUGAGGCUUCUUGAGGCGGCUUGUGCAACCGCUUUGCACUACGCCGACUUAGUACACGGUGCAUUAGCUGAUCAGGGAUAUUACGAAAACCAUGGUCAGAAUAAAUCAACUGAAGAGAUUUGUACAAUUGUUAACAAUUUGGAGUAUGUUCGCCGUUCUCUGUCAGAAUACGACGAUGAGCAGAUUUCUAACGACGAGAAUUCCCGCCAACUGGUUCGCGGUGCUUUGGGUACCCUAGAGUGUCGGUCGAUCCGUGCCGCCGUUCCGCUUGCGGUGAGGGCUCGGCCCCCUCUCCGCAAGGCUGUCUUCCACCUCGCCUGGUCUCCUGACUCACUCCCCACACAGCAGGCAAUAACACCGCUAUUGGAGUAUUUGGAUCAACAUCUAUCAUCUUUGAACACGUGGUUGUUGCCUCGAGCCUUCACAAGGGCUUUAGCGGCCUGUUGGAACGCUGUGCUCAAGGAGGUGUCGAAUCAAGCAGACUCCGGAGGCGCAGAGAAACCCCGGGUCUAUCAUCACAGAUUAAAGGAAGCGUUGGAUCUUCUUGCUGAAUUCAUCCACGCCGAAGGAAAAGGUCUUCCAAUGACGGAAGUGCACAAUGCCGAAUGGAAACGUCUAGAACAGCGAAUGCAAUAUCACCAAGCACCAACUGAAGAGUUGCUAGAGAUUUGGCUAGAGGACCGGUUAACAGAUCAAGGGCGGACACCAUUGCCUUCGCCUUAUGGGUCCAUCUUAAUCAGAGUGUACUUCAAUCACGACUCGCUAUGUGUGGAAAUACUGUCGGCGCGUGACGUGAUUCCGCUCGAUCCGAACGGAUUAAGCGACCCUUUCGUGGUCCUCGAGUUGCUACCCAAGAGGCUCUUCCCUAAAACACACGAACAGACCACUAAUGUACAAAAGAAAACACUGAACCCCGUGUGGGACGAGUGUUUCGAGUUUGCCGUGUCCUUGGAGGCAUGUCGAUCACCGCAAGCGACCCUGGCUUUAUCCGUGUGGGAUCGGGAUGUGCUAACCGCGGAUGAUUUCGCCGGGGAAGCAUUUGUACCCAUCUCACGUGUGCCCGGCGUCAAUAGUCACGCACCGCCGGACCCUCUGAGGCCCAUAGAGCUACCACUUAUGCAGUUACACGAUAGGGGACACCCGAUUUUGCAGAUUCUGGAAUCUCGAAACACGGACAAAAUGGCUAUUGAUUUCGUAAAAAAACAAAAACUGCGAUUCGCUGAAUAAAUAUUCGUUUAAUUUCAAUUGUAUUUACAGAUAUAAAACUAUCCUUCGCUGUUUCUGUCUGCACAACGUCCAUUUAACAUUUCGACAAUAUAUUAUUGAAAAGUAUAUUUAAAAAGAUUUCGAUGUAUUUAAAGAGUUGGUUUUUACAAAAGUAUUACGAUAUAAGAAAAUUUUAUCAGUAUUAAAUUAUAGAUGUAUAUGUAUAAUUAAUGUGUACCAAAGACUGUAUCUUGUAUUGAGAGAAUAUUGCGUAUGUUGGUUUUCUAAAUAUAUAUGUAUUAUGUAUGUAUAUUUACUGUAUAGCCUGCACUCUCAGAGCUUAUGUCCCUAGUUGUUAGAAUCUAGUAGAAUAUCCCGACCAAGUAUUAUAAGACUUGUUGUUGUCUUUGUAGUUCUCUAUGAAUAUGUAAGACCUGAACAAACGUAGCAAUUUCACCUUCAACCAAAUAUAUUCAUAAUACAAGUUUCAUAAAAUUAUCGAAAAGUAUCGCGUACUUGAACCACGAGAUUAUAAAAGUAUAUUAAAUGUUUCCGACGAAUGCGUGUAAAUUCAGUGCUAAAGUCGUUUAAAACAAGAAAGGGACAUGCGUAUCUUUAUCUGAAUCAUUCAUCCAAUCAUCCAAAAUUUAAUAUGCCGAGACCUAUACAUAGAUCCAGGUUUUAUAACGUUGAAUUUAGACACCAUGCUUGCAUAAUAUCCAGAAAAAAUAAUAGAAGUAUGCAAUCUUUUUUUAAAUGAGGGGAAUGCAUUUCCGCACUGCCUACCCACUAAACCCCUCCGACCAAUCACGUCACUAUUGAAGUAACUUGGGGUCGCGUAAGCAUUCUACCAAGAGACCCCGUAACUGGCUGCUAAAGCAACCAUCUUUCAUUACAUUGCAAUCGCCUUACAAGACAUUACAGAAGGGUUGCAAUUUCUUGCACCCAACACAUGAUUCGCCGGCAUGUUCUCGUUCGCACAUACAACGCAAUGUGGUACUUCGUCACAUGUGGCAGAUUUGUGUCCCGCUUUUCCGCACCUAUAGCACACAUUGCUACGGUCUACAGUGGAUGACCAAGACGCCCGUGAGAAGUAUGCAAUCUACUACUAGGAUACAUUUGGUUUAUUAUCAAAUUGCUACGUUUGAACGGUCCCAUCUCAACCAUAGAGUCGUUUAAUUUAAUUUCGUUAUCAAUAACCCUCAUGGCUUUGCCUUCUGAUCUUUCCUUUCUUGCACAGCUCUCACCGCAAAACUUUGUGCCACAACCUAAGCUUUAAUAUGAGCUUCAGAGCGUUGAGAAGUUCUAUCAUAUCUAGUUCUUGUCUUGUCGACUGAUUUUUCAUUGUUAGCCUUAAGUAUUUGUAAUUAUGGAUAUUUAGUAUUUUAUAAUCGAUGUGAAAAUUUUCAAUGUGUAUACAAUUGUAGAAUCGUAUUGAUGUUUAUGAAGUAAGAUUUCUAUGCGAAUUUUCGGCUUGACUUCAUUAGAGCUUUUAUUGUUAAACGAUAAUGUAUUUUAUUUACACAACACUGAACUAUUUUUGUAUUUUAUUUUUUUCGAAAUACUUUAUCGCUAUUGAUUUAUCGAAUGCCAAAUUAAUGUGCGUUUUUUACAUCUUUUAUUCAUAUCAUUGAUAAGUGGAAAUAUAUUACAAAGCAAAUAUCACACAAAUCAAUAGUUUGUCACGAAUUUUUGAAACGAUGCAUUAUGUCAUGAAACUUAUUGUGGUAACUAUUACUAUUAUAAUAAUAAUAUUUUAAAUUCCAACCAGAGAUUGGAUAAAUUUUAUAUGAAAUUGUAUUAGUGAUUGGAAUCACUAUCUGAAACAUAUACUUUAUAUUAAUGUAUCCUAUAACGAAAAAAAAAUCUUGAAGAUUUUUAGUUUCCUAUUGUCCAGCCAUUUUGUCUUAUGUCUACAAACUACUAUAAUGUCCAAAUUGUAUUUAAAUCAAAUACGAACAAUCCAUAUCCACUUGAUAAAAAAAUUAUAUCACAGAGCUUAUUUAUUAAGAAUUAAAAUUUUUAUAUUCUUAUUUACCUGAACAGUACUUUAAUGUCAAUUAAUGUUUAGGCUAAAAUUUUCUUAUACCAAAUAUGACAUUAAUUCUUACAUUGCAGAGGUGAAUAUUUUUUCAGAUUUUAAACACAUCUACGGAAAUGUAUUUGAUAUUUUUGGCCGAUAUUCAAUAUGUUAUUGUAUAAAGUUCUAUAACUGACAGUUUUUAUUAGGUACGUUACGAUUUGUUAAAACAUGUAGAAACGUUUGUCCAAUAAAGCUUAGUAAUAUGCAACUUUUCGCUGCUAUUAUUUGAUGUUCUUUUCUCUAGAACGAUAAAUAUUGUAUCCGUGUAAUCAAAAAAUGUAGUUGGUGUAAUGUAUAAAUGUUUUGUGAUUAUGUUCCUAGCUCAUAGACUGUAUAAGAAUAAUUU